UUGCAAGUGUGGAUAGAGCGUGGAAGACAGCAGCCAAUCAGGACGCUGGAAAUCCUAACCCAUUCCGAUCCUCGCCACGUCCACCAAGAGAUGGUUUCUCAAUCCCACCCACGCGACGCGCCAUGGAUUAAACCAAACCAAACCAAACCAAACCAAACCAUACCCCACUCGUCGUCUGACCAUUCAUCUCCACCAAAACACGAAUUGCGCUCUUUUUCUUAUUCGCUCCGUUCUUGGAGAUACAAAAGUCUUCCGAAGUAGUUAGGGUUCUGGGCUGCUGCCGACCUUGUUCCGAUGGCAGCAUCCGCGAGUGGCUGCUCUACCACCUCGUUCGUUGGGGCUAGCGUCAGGCCCUUCCUGCACAAGGGCUCCGGCGACACUCUCAGGCCCAGAUCCCUCGUCGCCAAUGCCUUUCAAAUCCGAUCAGUCGUCCGCGGCCCAAGGUCUGAACUUGAGAUCACCCAUUCCCAGGAUACCAUACCCUCCAGGGCUUCCAGCGUUUCCGUCCUCGAGCAGCUUAAGGUCUCCUCUGCUGAUCGAUACAUGAAGGAAAGGAGCAGCAUUGCUGUUAUAGGGCUUAGUGUACAUACAGCCCCUGUUGAGAUGCGUGAAAAACUUGCUGUUCCUGAGGCACAAUGGCCCCGUGCAAUUGGAGAGCUUUGCAGCUUGAACCAUAUUGAAGAAGCGGCUGUUCUUAGUACUUGUAACAGAAUGGAAAUAUAUGUAGUGGCUCUGUCCUGGCAUCGAGGAAUUAGAGAAGUGACGGAGUGGAUGUCAAAGACUAGCGGUAUUCCUGUUUCAGAGCUCCGUCAACACCUGUUUUUGCUCCGUGAUAGUGAUGCCACGCGACAUCUAUUUCAAGUAUCUGCUGGGCUUGACUCCCUUGUGCUUGGUGAAGGACAAAUCCUUGCACAAGUUAAGCAGGUUGUUAAAGUUGGGCAAGGAGGUCGAGGGCUAGGGAAAAAUAUUGACAGGCUUUUUAAGGACGCCAUCACCGCAGGAAAGCGAGUUCGUACUGAGACUAACAUUGCCUCUGGGGCUGUAUCUGUUAGUUCAGCUGCCGUUGAACUGGCCCUGAUGAAGAUUCCUAACUCCCAGUCUCUUGCUGCCAGGAUGCUUGUGAUUGGAGCUGGCAAGAUGGGGAAACUUGUGAUCAAGCAUUUAGCUGCAAAAGGGUGUAAGAAAGUUGUUGUUGUAAACCGGUCUGUGGAAAGGGUUGAUGCCAUCCGUGAGGAGUUAAAAGAAAUUGAGAUAAUUUACAGACCUUUCACGGAGAUGCUUUCAGCUGCUGCUGAAGCGGAUGUUGUGUUCACUAGCACAGCUUCAGAGACACCACUGUUCAUGAAAGAAGAUGUUGAAACCCUUCCUCAAGUGAGCAAGCUGGUUGGUGGUCUGAGGCUCUUCCUUGAUAUAUCUGUUCCUAGGAAUGUGGGAUCGUGUGUCUCUGGUGUUGAAUCUGCCCAGGUGUAUAAUGUUGAUGACCUGAAGGAGGUAGUUGAAGCCAACAAGGAAGACCGAUUGAGAAAAGCAAUGGAAGCUGAGUCAAUCAUCACAGAAGAAUUGAAACGGUUUGAAGCAUGGAGAGACUCUCUGGAGACUGUUCCUACCAUCAAGAAGCUGCGGUCUUAUGCUGAUAGAAUUAGGGCUGCAGAACUUGAAAAAUGUUUCCAGAAGAUUGGUGAUGAUGCUCUGACCAAGAAAAUCAGAAGAGCUGUGGAUGACCUUAGCAAUGGUAUAGUGAACAAGCUUCUUCAUGGACCACUGCAGCACUUGAGAUGCGACGGCAGUGACAGCAGAACUCUGGAUGAGACUCUUGAAAAUAUGCAUGCCCUUAACAGGAUGUUCAGCCUGGACACAGAGAAAUCAAUUAUAGAGCAAAAAAUCAAAGCAAAGGUGGAGAAAGCUCAAAACUAAGAUACUAAUGGAACUCAACUUUCUCCAUAUGCUCAAAUAAGAGAUGUACUUGCUCAGUUUCUCAUUCAUCAAUCAUAUUGAAGAUCUUUGGAUUGGAUGGGGGAGGUCUCUACGUUUAUCUAUUAUGCUGCAAUUAUAUUACAGUAGCUGAUGAGUUGUAACAAUGGGAAACUUGCCUGUUCUACAGCCGUAUGUAUUUAUGUUAUUGAUUCUUGUAUUAAGAA